GCGCGAUUGAUAGGCACCGCUUAUUACCGGCGUAGCCACGACGCAGCUCAGACUGUCUUACGCUUCUAUUUUGCAACAGAGAGUUUACGAGUGACGCCGCAGCCAUGGUUGUGCAGAACGAGGAGAUCGUAAGAAUCUUUGGAUUCUGGACCGGCGUCCUCACCCUCAAGCUGCUCGCCAUGUCGAUUCUCACCGCCAGGAUGAGGUUUAAGAAGAAGGUGUUUGCCAACCACGAGGAUGCAAAGAUGCUGCCAAAGGCCCGUGUGGCCUAUGACGAUGAGGAUGUAGAGCGAGUUCGAAGAUCCCACCUCAACGACUUGGAGAACAUACUUCCCUGGGUAGCUAUCACCUAUGUCUAUCUGGGAACCAAUCCAUCCACCUUCCUAGCUGGUCUGCUGAUCAGGGGCUUUGUACUAGCCAGAGUAGGGCACACACUCUCUUAUGCUGUUUACCCCAAGCAGCCCUUCAGAGGCAUCUCUUUUGGCAUUGGAUUGGCAAUCACUGUCUUCGAGGCUGUAUCCACAAUUAUCCACUAUUUAUAAGCUCACUUCCAGAAUUAUAAGAUGUCACUGUAUUGUGACUAUAUUUACUGAGCCUACAGAACGAGCGUGAGAAAGAAUUUUUUUACAUUAUAUCUUUUCUAUGAUCUAUUGCAGUAGUAAUGGGAUAGGACAUGACAGAAAAUAUACUGUCAUUAUUUUUGUGUGUCUGCCAGAAGAAUGGAACGUAAUUGUUUUGAAUAUUUUUGUAAUAUAGAAAAUAUUUACUGAUACGGGUGUUUCUUUCUUUCACUGUACCUCCAAUAAACCGUGUACAUACGU